GAUCAGACUGAUAUGGAGACAGGAGAUGGAAGGAUUAGGUCAACAUAUGGUCUCCAACAAAAAGCUAGACCAGAGUCUAAUUCUUUAUGUCUCCACCAGAGAGCCUGGAUAGGACUGUCCGGGACAGCUGGAGGUGGUCCCUGUCAGACCCAGGUUUCUACAAACCCAGGGAGACGGACUUCAGGCGAUGGGGGCCAGGACAACCAGAUGUUGGACACAGUGGAAAAGUCUGCACAGCAAUUAGUCCAUCUACUGGUCUCUGGUACGACGACGGUUGUGACGACAACCGUUAUCCAGUGUGCUCAGAGGUCAGAGGGUCAGAGGUGAAUUUUGUCAUCAUCCCCAAUGGCCUGUCCUGGACUAGAGCCCAGAACUACUGCAGAACCCACCACACAGACCUGGCCAGCGUGAGAAACAUGGCAGAGAACCAGAAGAUACAGGGGAUGCUAAGUGGAGGAGGUGUAUUCUGGUUUGGCCUCUUCAGAGACCCCUGGAAGUGGUCUGAUGGUAGUAACUCCUCAUUCAGCUUCUGGAAGACCGGACAACCUAAUAACAACAACCGGAACCAGACCUGCGUGGCUGCAGACUUCAGCCAAUCAGGAGCCUGGGAGGACUGGCCAUGUGACAUGGAGAGAGCGUUCAUUUGCUACGGUCCAGGUGUACCAGUGUCCAUGGUGAUCAUCACUGUCAUCAUCAUCACUGUCUUCAUCACUGUCUUCAUCUCUGGGCUGACGCUGACCAUCAUCUGCAUUCGGAGGAAGUGCAAACCUGAUGGUUUGAACAGCGGAGGAAACUCGGACGGCGUAAACAUGGAGGUCGUCCCGGACCAUGACUACGUCAACUUUUCUCCACAUUCCACCCACGAGGACUGAACCUACCAGAGCCCGGAUGCAGCCAGCAGGGACCAGGACCAGGACCAGGACCACACCUACUCUACGCUCUCACACAUACUGCAAUAAUCUUACAAAUAAUAAUAAUGUUACAAAUCCAACAUGGAGGCUGCCCCACACACCUGCUCAUCAGAUACACACAAACACAUAUCUACACACCUGCUCAUCAGAUACACACUCACACACAUCUACACACCUGCUCAUCAGAUACACACUCACACACAUCUACACACCUGAUCAUCAGAUACACACUCACACACAUGCCCACUCCGAUGGUUCAGGAUCGGGGGCAACUCGGGGUUCAGUGUCUUGCCCAAGGACACUUGGACAUGGGACUGCAGGGCCGGGGAUUGAACCACUAACCUUCCGAUUGGCAGGCAACCACUCUACCACUGAGCCACAUAAAAUGCGGAUCCGUCAGUAUGCUUGUUGUAAUCUUUAUUAUGAUCUUAUGAUCUAUAAUAUGUAAAUAUAUAAUAUAUUAAGAUUGUAAUAUAUAUUAUAAUCUUUACUAGCAUAGCUAGU